GACUGGAAGAAAAAGAACUUUAUCGAUCGUUUUGUACAGUCUGUAGUGAGUCAUGGACCCUCCCUCAUACCUUUGACAAGAGAUGAGCAUGGUGAUGGAGAAGAGUCAGUACUUAACUUUCUUAAUCCUAGAAGAGAUGGCAACAUGGGCAUGAAUUACUUCAGAAAUAAGCUUCAGGUAUACAUUGCUCUUUUACAAGUGUAUAGCAGGGCUUUACUGUAGCAGCAUUCAGGUUGUCCCCCAUGCUGUACAUAUGCUAUUGAGCCACUAGAAGUAACAGAUUUUGUUAAAAAAAAAUUAUGCUAGGCACCCCAGAUUUCACCGGUUUAGAGCACUGUGCUCCCACCAAUUUUUCUUAGAACCAGUCUUGGUAUAGGAACCUAGUAAGAAGCACUUAAAGCACACGAAUUCAUGUAUUGUGUGAACAAAGAAUUAUCAAUGGUGGACAUGCGUGCCUUCUACAUCUACAUUCAUAUUCUAUUCAUAAAUAACCUCUCUUUUUGGGAAAAACAAUAAUUGAUGUCUGAUGGAGUAUAAUGAGUAAAAAAGUCAUAAUCACAGAAGAACAACAACAACAGCAACUUCAACAAGGGAUCAGAGUAUUUGUUAACCUGGUACUUCCAGAUUUUGAGUUUCUGACUUGCUGCCUUACCCUUCUCCUUGUCCUUAGCCUGCAGAUGUAUUUCCCAUCAUCACUUCUCUCCACCCAAANAUGUACUGUAACAAGUGUGAACAAUAAUUUUUACUUCAUUUUGUGUUGUAGACUGGAAGAAAAAGAACUUUAUCGAUCGUUUUGUACAGUCUGUAGUGAGUCAUGGACCCUCCCUCAUACCUUUGACAAGAGAUGAGCAUGGUGAUGGAGAAGAGUCAGUACUUAACUUUCUUAAUCCUAGAAGAGAUGGCAACAUGGGCAUGAAUUACUUCAGAAAUAAGCUUCAGGUAUACAUUGCUCUUUUACGAGUGUAUAGCAGGGCUUUACUGUAGCAGCAUUCAGGUUGUCCCCUGUGCUAUACAUACAUUAUGUAUGCCAUUGAGCCACUAGAAGUAACAGAUUUUGUUAUGAAAAUUUUAUACUAGGCAAACUGUAUCUCACUGGUUUAGAGCACUGUGCUCCCUCCAAUUUUUCUUAGAACCUGUCUUGGUACGUUGUAUAGGAACCUAGUAAGAAGCAUUUAACGCACACUAAUUCAUAGAUUGUGUGAACAAAAAAUUAUUAAUGGUGGACAUGCGUGCCUUUUACAUCUACAUCCAUAUUCUAUUUAAAAAAGUCAUAAUCACAGAAGAAUAACAACAACAACAACAACUUCAACAAGAGGUCAGAGUAUUUGUCAACCUGGUAGUUCCAGAUUUUGAGUUUUUGACUUGCUGCCUUACCCUUCUCCUUGUCCUUAGCCUGCAGAUGUAUUUCCCAUCAUGGCUUCUCUCCACCCAAAAAGUUCUGCGCUCGCAGGCCACCUCAUUCUCCUCCUUCUCUUUUUAUGUGAAAAAUGACUGUUUACAUUAUGUAAUAUUAAUGUUUGCAGGUGAGCUGCCCAGCAGGUGAAACAAAUGAAUAUUUGGGAGAACUAAGUGAAAUGCAUCAAUCAUCUAAUGAAGACAGAGAAAUCCUUCAUCCAUUUUAUAGACAACAAGCAAUACAGUAAGUAGGUGGGGCUGUAUAGAUUGACUGUAUAGAGGAACACCUGUACCUAGGGCAAUGCUUUAAACACUGAUGGAAUGGCUAGGUUCUACAUUGUAGGUAUUAUAGUUGCAUUUGGCAUUUGAGAAUGCUUCCUUAUCUGCUGGUUAUUCUGUGAAUUUAUGGGCAUCCUGUGUAAUCAAGCGUGCUGAGUCAAAAAAUCAUUGAUUGAUCAGCUGGUAGGGGAGUACAUGUAUGUACAGUACAUACUGUAGAUACAGCUAGGUCGACUAUUUUAAUAUAAAAAGGUUUUUCAUAGGGAUUGAGAUCUGAUGUUCAUUUAUCAGUAAUCAAAGCAAAACAUGUUCUGUCUGAGAUUUUCUGCAGCUAUGCAUUUGUAUCGAUUUUUUGCUUAACCCUUUAAGUCCCAAUAGUGACCAACAUCAAUUUUCUCCUAACAAUAUCCAUACAAUGUCAAAAGAUUAGGUUAUGAGAAUUAAUAAAAUGAUCACCUAACAGAAAAUGCCUUGAUCUUUUAUCAAAUUCUCUCAAGUCAUUCUUUAAGGAAAUGUAUAGAGAUCAGUUCGGAGAAUUUGUAUGUGGAUAUUGGGGCUUAAAGGGUUAAUAACCUCCCUAUUUAUAUACUUAGGUCAGGUGUGCAAGAUGAUGAUUUCAACCAAAGAAUAAAAAGAUUUGUGGCAACUAAAGCAGACCUGUUGUUUUCCAUGGAAGGGAAGCAGAAAUUACAAAGAGGAGUUGACUUUGGCUUGCAUUCAAACCAGGAAGGUAAGUGUACAUGUACAUAAAUACUGAGGAUACGCAGAGCUUGGUCCUCAUGUGCUGCCGUUCUACCUGCCACAUACAUGGCGGUCUUGCCUGGGAUACUGUUUGUCAUCAACGCCAGGAAUAGGAACAGGGUAGGUCUUUACUGCUGGCAUGCCUGCAAAGUUGAACUUGGGGCAACUUCCCNUGUUGUUUUCCAUGGAAGGGAAGCAGAAAUUACAAAGAGGAGUUGACUUUGGCUUGCAUUCAAACCAGGAAGGUAAGUGUACAUGUACAUAAAUACUGAGGAUACGCAGAGCUUGGUCCUCAUGUGCUGCCGUUCUACCUGCCACAUACAUGGCGGUCUUGCCUGGGAUACUGUUUGUCAUCAACGCCAGGAAUAGGAACAGGGUAGGUCUUUACUGCUGGCAUGCCUGCAAAGUUGAACUUGGGGCAACUUCCCGGAUACAUACAUAGUGGUGGCAGAGUGGGAUGGCCUCUGUGGCCUGCAACUUCUGUUCUCACAUUGGAAUGGUAUCCCUUGCAGUACUGGCAACUAUAUCUCAGGCGGGUUGCUGACAUAUGAAAAUUAACAACAUGCUAGUUAACUCUGUGACUGAAAGUAAAGGUUGUGAUUCUGUUCAGACUUCACUCAUUUAACUUCUUUUUCACUUCUCUUUGAUCGAGAUAAUUGGUGAUCAGUUCUUUCCUUGGUUUAUGCAGGAAAUCCUUCCUUAGAAUGUCAAAAGUAUUCUGAACAUGGUUGUAAGAGAAAUUAUUGCUUAAAUUUUAAAAAGAUUUGAGAGUAAAAGUAUCACUCAUCACAAAGUAAAUGAACAUAAUUUGUCCAACAAACAUGUACAAUUGUUUUGUUACUGGUCAAAAUUUAAUUUAAGUUACAAUUUUUUAACCCAGGUUGAUUCUCGAUUCCCUUUGUCUUCUAGCCCUAAUUAUUCAUGAAUUAGGGCUAGGAGACAAAGGAAAUUGAGAAUCAAUCUAGGUUAAAAAAGUUUAACCUGAAUUAAAUUGUGGCCUGUGACAUAUAUUAAGGCUGGAUUUAGUGGUAAAAAAUGACCUAAAGUGGUUAAUUGUCAAAGAGAGUAACACAAUAAAAAAAGGGUUUGUUUAAGAUUCGACAGUUUAGUUGCUUACGGAUGUAAAAGUUAAGUAGAUAAAUUAGUGGGAAGCCUCCUUAUCAGUAAAAGGGUUAUGACAAAAGAAAUCAGAAAAAAAUUAAUUAGUGUCAGAAAUACAAUUUUUUGGGAUGGGCUUGUAACCAGGUACAGGUACGUAUUUAGUGAUGGAGGUGAAAGUACCUCUGUUAUUAUUGACUACAACAUGCGAUGUUGACUUUAUUAAAAGAAAGAACUGUGAUAUAUUUCAGUGUUAGAUCCUUAUGCGGAUACUCCUCCUCUUGAAACCUUAAUGGAAAUACCUUUGCAUUACAGAAGAACACAGUUGUUCAAGGUUAGUUCCAAACCUGCAUAAUGUACUGAUAUUUAUUUAGGCAAUUACACACAAUUCGUGCUGUUUUCUGCAUCAAGUUCAAUGCAGAUCCAUUCAAAGGUGUACUACACUUGUAGGUGUUCUAGGUAAAAUCUGUUUUCAAGUUAAACUAUAAUUCAAUGUUGCUUGAUUCAGAGCUCUCUUUGUUUCCUAGCCUAAGCUAAUUAUUCAUAGAGGACAAGUGAAUUAUUCUGGUUUUUACUACAUAUACAGCUGUAUAAAUGAGUGAUUUCUUGCAUGCUGAUUGGUUAAGUUUGAUUGGUUGUCGAACCGUUUGGGCUGUUCAUGUUAAUUUUAUCAAGCUUGGUUCCUGAACACAGUCACCCGCUUCUGUAUUUCCUAUAUGGAUUGACUAUACUUCAGACUUCACUUGAAUGAUCCCCCGUGGGUUACUGAGCGGUUCAAGAACCUCAUUAAGCUCCGUCAACACGCCUUCCACCAUGGAGACAUGGAACAAUACCGGCGAUAUCGAAAUGAUGUCAACCGCGCGCGCAAAUCACUUCGCAGCAAAUACUUUGCAAGCAAAGUGAAUAAUUUAAAGAACACCAAGCCCUCGCAGUGGUGGAGCGCAGUUAAACGAAUCGCCAGUAUGAAUCCCGCUUCAUCAUCUGAAAGUCUCCUUUCCAACCUGCAGCUCGGGGAUAGCUUCGAUCGCCUAAGUGACGCUGAACUAGCUAACGCCAUCAACGCUGUGUUCUUAGAACCCACGAAGCAUUACCAACCCCUAUACGCUGUCCCUACAGAGGCGGAGGACUCCGAUGUGCCUUUAAUUACGGAAUUUGAUGUCCUAUACGCUCUAACCAAUCUAAACCCGCGUAAGGCAGCUGGACCUGACGACAUCGGUAACUGGCUUUUGAGGGAAUAUGCAGAGAUCCUCGUACAGCCUAUCACAUCUAUAUUGAACGCGAGCUUUAGAGAACAAAGGCUUCCCGCCCCUUGGAAGCUUGCGGAUGUGGUGCCUCUCCCAAAGCAAAAACCCGUGGUAGAUGCUACUAAGCACCUGCGUCCUAUCUCCUUGACGCCCGCUAUCUCUAAGGUUGCGGAAGAUUUUGUGGUACUCAGAUACGUCGGUCCAGCGGUGUUGCAGAUUAUAGACCCGAACCAAUACGGCGGUAUUCCAAGAUCCUCCACCUUGUACACUUUGAUAUCCAUGGUACAUAACUGGUCACAAGCCACUGACGCCACGGGCGCGGCUGUUAGAGUGGUACUUUUCGACUAUCGUAAGGCUUUCGAUCUUAUUGAUCACAAUCUGUUGGCCAGAAAGAUCGAAGCCUUGGACAUGCCACGGUGGGUUCGCGUUUGGGUGCUGGAUUUUCUGUCAGACAGGAAACAACAUGUCAAGCUGCCAUCAGACUGCCGGUCAGAGUGGGGCCUAGUCCCCGCCGGGGUGCCACAGGGCACCAAGCUUGGUCCCUGGUUGUUCUUAUUAAUGAUCAACGAUCUUGAGGUCGACGCGCUCACUUGGAAGUAUGUAGACGACACAACUAUCGCCCAAACGAUACCGCGAGGUUUGAGUAGUGAUGUACAAAGCGCAGUUUCCGCUGUUGAGGCGUGGUCGAUUGAAAAUAGGAUGGAACUGAACGCUGACAAAUGCAAGGAGAUGCGCAUUGACUUUAAAAGGAACGCUCACAAUUUUCCACCAAUUGUGAUAAAUGGCAAGGAACUAUCAGUAUCAAACAGUGUAAAAAUCCUGGGAGUCACUAUUAGCUCAGAUUUAAAAUGGAACGAACACAUCUCAGAGUGGAUUAAGAAAGUGAACAAGCACCUUUAUUUUAUUGUUCUUCUAAAGCGCGCCAACGUUCCACUGAGCGACAUUGUAAAUUUUUACUGCACCGUGAUAAGACCUGUUUUAGAGUACUGUGCACCAGUUUUCCAUCAUGCGCUUCCACAGUAUCUUAGUGACGACAUCGAACGAGUGCAAAAGAGAGCGCUCUCCAUCAUUUGUCCUUAUGCGUCAUAUUCAGAAUGUUUGGUCAGGUUCGAUUUAGUAACCUUGCACGCUAGACGCGUGGCCCUGUGUAGCAAGCUUUUUGAGUCUAUCACGUCAUGCCCGGAUCACAAACUUGUGCCUGUCUUACCUCCUAAGAGAGAACACAGACAUAAUCUAAGACAGUCCAGGGCUUAUGCCAUGCCCCGUACACAUACAAAUCGUUUUAAGAACACUUUUAUUCCAAGUACGUGUACAUAAUUUUUUGGACCAGUUUGUACCUAGUUAUAUAUAGAGAGUUUUUCGCAUUUUUAUAGAAAUGUUUUUUGUUAUAAUUUCAAUUAGUAUUUAUAUUUUUGGAAUUUAUUUAAUCUUAGUUUUAAGUAAUUGUAACGCAAUUCAGUCUACGGACUGCCAUGUUCGAUAUUUUAAUAAACUAUCUAAACUAUCUAAACUAAAACUAUACUUUUUGACUCUCUCUGCAGUGUUUAAAGGAAGGAGACAUUGUCAUUGGUAAAGUAACUUACAAAAGACCCUUUGGUAUUAUAGUAACACUGACUAUGUUGGAAUCUGGGUACAAUAGAGACUUCAGUGAUCUUGAUAUUCAGGUAUAUUAUUAAGGUAACCAAUAUUACAUUGCGGAAGAUAGUCUGUUAGCAAGGUUGAAAAAGGACUGUGAAGAUUUCAAUAUUGCUGGGAUGUUCCAAACAAUCUUGGAUGCUUGCAUGCUGCAGAGAACCAGUUUACUCUGAAGCGCUCUUUGGUUUGGAUUUGUUUAAAUUCUCAUUGAAUUAAAUGCUACUUGCAAAGCAUCUGAUAUGGGAACAAGCCCUUGAUUUUAUAAACACCAGUAAAAUUUCCGGUGAGCUUUUGCAUGAAAUUAUGAACUCACACCUGAAAAUAACAAGUUAUCUUCACAUGUUAAAAGAUCUAUGUUGCCAUGGUUACAUUAUGAAUCACACCUAUUGUAGCCAAAACAUAUUGAAAGGAAAUUGUUUGGUACUUCAUUGGUGUUUUCAUUGUACCUAAUGUACACAAUUGCUGCUUGGGGAUACAAAAUUUCAACUCUUGAAGAGAAAUUUCAUAUCUGCACACUGUAAAAGCCUCCAUCUACAUUACUCAGAAAAAUGCGUUUCUAACACUCACCGUCAAGCUAUUCUUAGCUGCUUGUUGUAUUGCUUUACCCAGGCAUUGUGCAAGUUAUCAGAGUUAGACAGCUCAGAACUGACCAAGGAGUACAAAGACCCAACUGAUGCUUAUGUGAUUGGUGAUAUUAUUCGAGGUACUUACCAUAUGUGCCCCACAUUUUAAUAAAAAUUUGGACUUUUUUUAAUUUGUCUGACAUCAAGUUUUUUUGGCUUACAUUUUCUUUUCAUGUAGGAGUAAUUACAAAUGUAAGUGGUGAGGAGGAAAAAGUGUCAAUCUCUUUGAGAAAUUCAAGAUUACCUGAUGUACAUAAACAUGUGUGUUUGGUGAGUGCAUUUCAAUAAAAGACUGCAUGUAGGUGUUCAUGAAAGCACUUUCUAGCAUCCCAGUUACUUGUUUGUUCAUGUUUAUCCCAUUGGUUCACCCUUUAACCUUCCAAUCAAGGAUUUUAAAAACUUUGUACGACUGCAUGCAAUAAUUGUCAUGAUUUUCAUUUUAUUUCUUUCAUUUAACCAACACUAGACAAGUAUAACUGUUUUAAUUUUGCUUACUUGUUGCUCUUCUUUCACCUUCUUUACAGGGUGUUGUGGAUGACUCUGAUGUGGUUUUCACCAGGUAUACUGUAUGCCAUUAUAUUUUAUUCAUAAACAGUCCCCUACACUUAUUAAGAAAGUAGUGCACAAAAACCUAAUUUUACAGUGUAGCUGGCCUGAAAAAACCUUAUCAUUCACACAGUUUGCGACAUGUCUUGUCCUAACAGAAAUGUGGUGGUGAAUUUAAAGCCUGGUAAUUGCAUGAAAAAGAUGUUUAUUCAGUCGGUGACGUGGGCAGCUUAGAAAAAAUAAUGUGAAUACCCCUGUUAGUAGUCAAACCUAUGACCUGGCUCAGAUGCUCUACCACUAAGCUCCAGGAGACUCGUGUUAGCUUUUUGAGAAAAGGAAUGUGUUUUGUGAUGUUUUGACAAGUUGUUACAUCUGAACCUUGUUGUUGUGGAUUUUUCAGGAGAGAUUUAAGGUAACUUUCUUUGAACUGUUUUGUAUUUUGCAGGUUACAGGAUAAUCCAGAUGGAUUGAAUUAUGAAGAACAUUUGAACAAACAUAAGGGUUUUAACAACCCAAGGAAUAUAGAUACACUUACAGAUCUCCUUGGUAUUGAUACCACGGCUCCAUGUUCUUUAUUGAGAUGCUUCCAAAGGUACAUUCAUUCAAAAUAGUCCCCAAUUUUUCUUACCAUUACUGAAGGCGUGGACCCUGGGGUUUAUAGUGGCGGGGGUAGAUUUUUCUUGCCUUCGCCCAAACAAUCCCUUGCUCCCUGAGUAGAUUUGACACUUGUCCCCAGGCUACACUCGGUAGUUUUGAAACCAAGAUGGCCGCUUGUAACGGCUAGUGCUGGAUCCUGACAAUCGUACCGAAAAAUAGGGGACUGUGAACAGUCAAGAUUGUUUUAAACAAGUCCAGUAGCAAACGUGAGAAUUACCUUACUUUGCUGAGUUUACUGUCAAACUCAGAAAACCGUGAAAACCUGAAAAUUUUCAGGAAUGUUGAUUGUGUACUGACCAAUCACAAUAAAGUUCAGGAUACACAAGCAAACCUCAAAACCACAAACUAAUUACCAUUGCUGUUUGCGGUUUAGGUAUCUUGCACCUUAUUGGCUUAUUUCUCGCAACACAAUAACAUUCCAUAAAAAUUUCUGGUGUUCACGGUUUUGUUAGUUUCACAGUAAUUUAUUUUGUUAUACUAAUUGUAGAAUUCUAUUCUCUGUCUCCCCAUACCUAUUUAAAACCCUGUCUAAUGUCAAGUUGGAUAGUCUUAACCUUAAAAAGCGUUUUCAGUCGUGGAAUUAAGCUUAUACAAGAUCUGAAAAGAUUGGAGCAUUCAAAGUUAUUGUUUUUUGUUGUUACAUUUUUUUUUUGUUACAUAUAAAUGUAGUUUGUGUGUAUUUCCUUCACAGGAAGGACUGCCCAGAGGGUGACUAUGCAGAGCCUCUGAGAAGGCGGCAGUCUGCCAAAUGGUCAAUGGAAACGUAAGAAUUUCUAUUGGUUGAUUGAUUGUAUUGUCAACGCCAUUUUUUAAUAGCAAUAAAUUAUAUCAAGUCGUAGAAUGAUUUUUAAUUACAUGUAAGCUGCAUGCAACAUAAGAACAUUUAUCUUCAUGGCAGUUACCACUAACCCAGGUUCCAAGUGCAUAACCUUUAUUUGGGAGAAAAGAAAUGAAAUCAGAAAAAAAGCUAUGCUUCUGAUCCUAGUUGUUAAAUUUGUGGAUAACGCUAUCCACUGGAUAAAUCACCAUCCAUUAGCGCGUUUCGCUCGACUAUCCCUGAGGAAAAAUGGGGACUACUUGUAGUCUACCAUCCAUUGGAUAACGCAAUUGGUUUCCCUAGUACUUAGGGAUGGGAUAAUGAUUUAUCCGGUGGAUAGCCUUUGGAAUAACUGAAACCUGUCAGCGUGCAAAGAAAGUACUGUCCGAUAGCCCGGGGCUAGCGGAUUUUGCUACCUGGCUAGUGAAUUCUGUUUUUAACUUGCCCUAUGGGCAAGUGAUGUUUUAUGAGGAAUUUGAAUAACAGAAGAACAAAAAGCUUUUGGGGUUAGUUGAAAUGACGUCUGGGCUAGUAAAUGCUAGCUUCAGCUUGCCCGAAGUAAGCUGUAAAAGUGAUUUUCUUUGCACCCUGCCUGUUCUUUUCAUAUUCAAUUAUAAAACUUUAUUGGUUGACUGACCAAGGUUUUCUUGAGCCGUAUGGAAACCACAACACGUACUUAGUCCCCUUCCUUACUAUGCGAAAUGAUGUUAGUCUGGUGCCAGGCAGAUUAAAUACUGGCACUUUUUUCUUUCACGGGGCAUACUUUUUCCUUCAUUCAUCACUAUUUGUAAUGAACUUGGUACAGGUUACCUACAGACCACUGUUUAUCUGUUGUUUUUAAGGACAGCCAAAGGUGUGGAGGAUUUUAAAACGGGAAAUCACGAGGCUGCUAUGAAAUAUUUUGAGCAUGCGCUACAGAUUGAUGGUCAAAAUGUGGAGGCACUGGUAGCUCGAGGAGCCCUGUGA